AUGGCCGGCAAACUCUGUGUUUCUGUUAUAGAAGCACGAAACUUACAAGCAGAUGACUUUGCGGAGAAAAACUUUUACGUAAAGCUUCGUGUUGGGAGCAACGAGGUAAAAACUGACGUCGUCAAAGGCUCACUUCAACCCAAGUUUCUGAAGGACUGCCGGCUUUCGGUUCCUUUGCCAGAAACGGACAUCCUUCGGAUCGAGCUGCUCCAAGUGGGCCCCCGCGGCGACCUGGUGGUGGGCUCCGACGACCUGCGCAUCCUGACCAUCACCUCCAGAGGCACCAUAGUACACUGGUUCCAGCUGAGGACCGCCGGCCGCGAUGUCAGUGCGGAGCUGUGCCUGGUGCUCAGGUACCUCUCAGCCGGCGCGCACCGGCCCAUGUCGCCCACGUACGCCAUUGCGGCUCGCCAGGCCAAGGAGCGAGCGCUGGAGGGUCCCCCGGCGCCGCAGACGCCUUCCACGUCCGCCUUCCGCGACCUCCCCAGCGCAGCCGCCCCUGGCGGCACCAGCACCAGUGGCAGACUAACCGCCGCCUCCUCGCCCGCAGAUCAGCAGGGCUCCUCCGCCACCGCAGCCGCCGCCGGCACGCGGGGCCCUAUGGCCGCCGGGCCAGGCAUGGCGCGGGGGCCGCCACGGCAGCAGGUCUCGUCCACGGGCUCGCGGCGACCUGGGAGGCCUAGCGACGGCAGCCGUAGCGGUCCGACGCAGGUGCCGCUGCCGCUGGCAGUGUUGGGUGGCAUGGUGGUUGGCGCGCUGGUGUACCUGUGGAAGAAGCGGCCUGUAUAUUACGAGGUCCAGGAGGAUGACACGCUGUGUCACAUCGCGUCCUGCUUCAAAAAGCGUGUGGAGGAUGUGUAUCAGAAAAACAAGGCGCUGCUUAAGAACCCAAGCAGGCUGUAUCCUGGCGACCGCCUGAGGAUUCGAUAA